AGUGUGGUGUUGGGGUGCAUGAAGAAAGGAGUGCGCGCGGCGGUUCUCGCUACCAUGAGUGCCAUGAGGACCUGAGUGAGACGCUCCCCCGCCAUGAACAGCCGCGGCCAUCCCCAGUACCAACCCUUCCCCAAGCUGGAGGAGCCAUGGCCCUACUACAGCCCCGAGUCGCGGCGGGUGCUCAGUCCUCCUCCGAAGCCACGGUUCCCCUACAGCGUGCCCGUGGGCGGCCACGCGCAGAUGGGCUACGUCCCCGCCCCUGUGGCCCGCCAUGCUCCGACAGGAUACCGGGGGUACAGCAGUUCUCCUGCGCCCUCGCCCUACUCCCGAGCCCACGACUACCCCGCGGCGGAGAGGCACGCCCGGAUCUCCGUGCCGCGACACUACCCUGACGAAGACGUCGACAGCGACCCGGUGGUCUACAACGCGGGCUUCACCUUCCGGAUGGGCAAGGAGUCGACCGUCCACAAGCACUUGGAGGUGCAGCCCGCCCACGCCAUCUCGGACACGCAGUCCUCCAGCCUGUCCCGCCAGAUCAACCAAUUCCUGCAGAAGAGUGACCACGCCCUCGACCGCUUCGCCAAGGUGGUGCAGUCCCGCUCCGGCUCGCGGGCCAAGUCGCGGACGCCGGGCGUGCGGGACGAUUCGCCGGACCGGUCCCUCGCGCUGUCGUACCGGUCGCAGCGCUCCACCUCGGCCGCCUCCAUCGCCGUCAAGGCCGAGAAGCACCUCGAGACGCUGGGGCGCAUCGGCAGCGGCAGGAAGGCGGCGCCCAUCGCCGAGCGCGAGGAGGACGAUGAUCUCGGGUCCUCCAGCAGCGAGGACUCGUUCGACGAGUUCGACACGGAGCACGACGUGCCCCGCUCCACGGACGUCUUCGACAUCUCGGACGACACGUCGGCGGAUCUCAGCAAGCUGUCUGCCAUCGACGUUGACGGCGCCACAGAAUGCAACACGCCGUUCGACCCAACCCGGCUGGAUGACCUGAGCUCCGACAGUGACGACGAGUACUUCGAUGUUGUGGCGAUAUCAGCCCUCCGUCAGCAGCCCCCACCCCCUCAAAGCCCGGCUAAACCCCCUCCACAGCAGCCCCCCCAGGCACCUUUCCUCCCACCCACCCACAGCCAAAGUUUACCAGCUGUGAAUAAAGGCAUCAGGCCUAUGGGCAAUGCACAGGCUCAGCAACAUGCACCUGCAGCCAAACCUUCACCAGGUUCUGUGGCAAAGAAUGUGGAGGCUUCUAGGCUGGCUCCCAGUGCUGGUGCCACAGACAAGAACAAGGACCUUAAAUCACAGGCAACUGCUACCCCAGUCAACAGUCCAAACCAGCAAGCACAGAAAGCUCCUGCAGCAAUUGGAAAUGGAACUUUGCCAAAGAAAAUCCUUCAAGAACAACAGCAGGUACCCAGUGCUCCCAAAAAAUAUCCUGCGCCAAAGCCUCCUUCUGCGACGCAAAAUGCGAACGAACCACUUCAGCCAAACAGAACAGAUCCUGCACAUGGAGAUUCCACUUCGCCACCAGCUAAGUCUGAAUGCCAAGCCUCUGAGAAGGCAGUUCCAGAAAAGAAACCUGUGCCCCUACCAUCUGACCAAGUGAAUCAACCACAGAAUAUAGGGGAUGGCAAAAAGGCCACACGAGCACCAUCAUUCAAGAAAUAUCCAGCACCUAAGCCUCCAACAACAGUUCCUGACAAAGAGACAGUAAAACCUGAAGUUGUAGAUUCUGCUCCACAGCCAGCCAUUUCCCCAGAGGAUAAAACCUUACCUGUCUCAGAUCUUGCCGUUCUUGAUAACAAAACGACUGGCACUGUUACUAGGGAGACAAAACAGGAAACAAAACUCCAUGCUGAAGCAGAAUCUGGUGUGGCCUCUGUAAAGAAACAACAGACAAUCGACACUACGAAAGACAACACGACUCCAGAUUCGAAACAUAAAACGACUGAAAAGGAAACGAAACAAUCCACAACGAAUCAGAUAAACCCACAAACAGAUACAUCUCGAAAAGUAAGAGCAGGAAGUCCAAUUCCAGACAAAGCAGUAGUGUUGGGCAUAAAGUCUCCAGCCGUGGUUACUGGGAAACUUCAGAUUACCCCUUCAGAUGGAGUUAGUCAGUCAGAGAAGACAAAAGGAGCAUUGGUUGCUUCAAAUAAAGUCGAACCAAAGCCCACAGAGCAGAUCAGUGAUGGUAGUAAGGCAGAAACAAAUAAACUUAUUAAUAAAAAUGACUGUGUAAGUGGUAAAGAAACUGUCCACCAGGAUUUAAAUACAGCAGUGCAAAAGGAAAAUGUUGAAAGUGUUGACCAACCCAAAAUGACAAAUGGUAUUUUAAUAGAAAGUCAGAAACAAGAAGAGGUCACACAGAAGGCAAAUAAAGCCCAGCCUGUAGGUCAUUCCAAAGAAGAUAAAAAAUCUAGUAACGAUGACCCAGCUGCAAAGAUAGAGAACUUCUUGGACAGUGAAAUCUCAGAGAUGGAAGUGUUCAGCGAGAGAAGUAGUAGAUGCAGUUCAGUGGCUAGUGAUCUUUCAAGAGCAGUAUCUCCAGAUUAUUCUCAGAAGUCAGGAAGACGCAGUAGAAGUGAUAAACUAGCUUCGAUCAUGAAUAAGUGGGAGAGUGAAGAGGUUUCACAAGUUUCACAGAAAAGUAAUAGAGUAAAGACACCCAAAAUUGGCAGAUUAACUGGACUUGCCAAUAAAUUUGAAGCUGGGAAGGAUACUGGCAGUGCAAAGAAUGAACUUGCAGAUAACAAGAAUAAUAUUCUUAGCAAACUCAAGAACCCAUAUAGUCCACCAUUCAACCCAGAACCAAGACCACCAGAUCCAGUUCCAAAGAAAAAUAUUGGGGGAAUCAACACCUCAAAGUUCGGAAGUGUUGCAAGCUUUACCAGAAAGCCAGGUGAUCCCAAGAAAGAGUCAGAGAGAAAACGGCUAAUUGGCAAAGACACAACAACAAAAUUAAAGGAUGAAGCAACAGAAAAUGUAAUCAAUAAAGAGAAAACUCUUGCCAAAGAUGGAGGAACUGAGAAAGGAAAAGAGCAAGUGAAUCAGAAGGAUAGCAGUGGAGCUGCAGAAAACAAGGAUUUAAAGGAUGCUCAGGAAAAGGUUAAAGGUAAUCAGGUGGAGGUUAUACCAAAUGGAGACAUACAUUCUGUAGAUUCAAAUGUAUCUGUUAGUGAGAGUGAAGCAAAAGUCAGCAAGAAAAAGAAGAAAAAGAAAGUUGUAGAUGCAGAAAAAUCAGUUGAAGCAGAUGUUGCAAAUGUUCUGCAAGAUAAGUCACUUGAUGAUUCAAAGGAUAAAACAGAUUUAGUGAAAGUCAACAAAGAGAAUUCUUCAGAUGCUGUAAUUGAAAAGGCAGGUGUAAAGAAGGAGACAGCUGAGUCUGGUACUAAGGACCUUAUAGUUAACAGUAUUCCAGUCAAUGAAAAGGAAAAUAUAACAUCAAAAACUGUGGAUGGUACAGACAAAACAGAUAUUCCUAGUGAAAAAGCCAUGAAAACUAAAGCAGUGAAUGAAAUAACAAAAGCAGCUGAAAGUAAAAAUAUUUCAAGCAAAGAGGGUGAGAGUAAAGACCUCAAGAAUAAGACAAAGGAUAGCACAGACACUCAAGAGAAGCCAAUCACUGAACCUCCCAGUAAGGCAACAGAUGAAAAAGCUGGUAUCAAAGCCAAACAAAAUAAGGCGGAGGACACUACACUUGCCAAAGAAAAAGUGGAUAAUAGCACUGGUGCCAAAACCACAUCAUUAGAAUCUAAGGAGAAAACUAAUGUAAAAGUCAAAGAAAAUGAAACAUUUUCAUCAAAGGUCAUAGACGGGAAACCAAAAGGGGAUGACAUCACUGAUAAAGAAAAGGAAGCCAUUGUCAAGACUAAGCCAGUUGACACUAAGGAUAUUAAGGUUACAACAGAAAAUAUAACAAUUUCAUCAAAGGUCACAGACAAGACACCAAAAGGGGAUGACAUCACUGAUAAAGAACAGGAAGCCAUUGUCAAGACUAAGCCAGUUGACACUAAGGAUAUUAAGGUUACAACAGAAAAUAUAACAAUUCCAUCAAAGGUCACAGACAAGACACCAAAAGGGGAUGAUAUCACUGAUAAAGAAAAGGAAGCCAUUGUCAAGACUAAGCCAGUUGACACUAAGGAUAUUAAGGUUACAACAGAAAAUAUAACAAUUUCAUCAAAGGUCACAGACAAGACACCAAAAGGGGAUGACAUCACUGAUAAAGAAAAGGAAGCCAUUGUCAAGACUAAGCCAGUUGACACUAAGGAUAUUAAGGUUACAACAGAGAAAAUUUCUGAUGCCAAGAUUGGUGAGAAUAAGGAAGUUAAGGAAAAAAUAGAUGCCAGUGAAAAAGUGGCUAAACUAAGGUUAAAGGCUAGGUUAAAGAUGAAUAAAAUGAAGGACAUGGAGGUAAAGACAGAGGAAACUAAAGAUACCAAGGGAAAGACAAGUGAAUCUAAUGAUAUCAAGGCAAAGACAGGUGAAUCUACUAACGAUACCAUAGUAAAGGAAGAUUUAAUUAAGGAUCAGAAGAUAAAAACAGACAAAGCAAGUGAUAUCAGGGUUAAUGCAGAUGAAACUAAAGAUACCAAGGUAGUGAUAGAAGAUACCAUACUAAAGAUGGAUGGUACUGAGGAUGCUAAGAGAGAGGAUUUAAAGGUGAAAAUAGAUAAAUCAAAAGAUGGUGUCACAGAUACCAAGAAGAAGACAGAUAAAACAGAGGAUAGUGAGGGCAAAGCAGAUGAAGUAGAAGAUGCUAAAGUUAAGACAGAUAAGAGAGAAGAUACCAAAGUAAAAACAGAUAAAAUAGAGGAUGCUAAGGUAAAGACAGUUAAGGUACAAGAUUCUAAGGUAAAGACAGAAAAGGUAGAAGAUGUUGCAGUAAAGGAAGAUAAAGUAGUAGAUGCUAAGGUUAAGACAGAUAAGAGAGAAGAUACCAAAGUAAAAACAGAUAAAAUAGAGGAUGCUAAGGUAAAGGCAGUUAAGGUACAAGAUUCUAAGGUAAAGAUGGAUAAGGUAGAUGAUGCUGCAGUAAAGAGGGAUAAGGUAGAAGAUGCCAAAAUAAAGGCAGAUAAGAUAGUAGAUGCCAAAGUAGUGACAAAUAAGGAAGAAGAUACCAAAGCAGAGAUUAACAAGGUAGCAGAUACCAAAGUACAGGUAGAUAAGAUGGAGGAAGCCAAGAUAAAAAGCGAUGAAAGUAUGGCUAUCAAAGGAAAGGUUGAUGAAGUCCAAGAUGUCAAGUUGAAACAAGAUGUGAUCACUGAUGCUGGAACAAGUUUAACAGAAAAGAAGAAAGUACGAAUCAGGACUCCAAGUAUGGAUUCCCAAAAAGAACUUAGUGUAGGAAAGAUUGAGGAUUUGAUAGCAGGUGGCAUUAAGGAUUCAAACAAGGUACUUGAAGUGUCCGAUACAAAGCCUAAGGUGGAUGAAACUUCUAGUACUCCUGUCACAUUGAAAGAAGUAAAAGAUGUAGAAUCAAAAGCAGAUAUCAAAGCAGUAGAAAUUGUUCCUGAGACACCUAAAACACCUGAAGAAACUGGCUGCAGGCCUAAAGUAUUUAAAUUACCUGAGUUGAUGAAAGAAGAAAAUCAAGGAAUAGAUGUGAACCAGGCCAUCAUGCAAAAACUUACGAGGAAACAUCAUGAGGAAAGCAGGCAUGAGGAAAAGAAGGGUAAGAGAAGUGUCGCUCUCAGGGGAGCAGUUAUGGGAGCAGUCAAUAAAACUAAAUUGGCCUUUGGCAUAGGUACAAAAACUCUGGGAGAAUCUGUUCCAGUACAGCCUAGUAUACCACAGCCAAGUGUUGUUCCAAAGCCCGAAGAAAGUAUGGAUGAUAAAAUAAACAUCAAAAUAUUAGGAAAGCCUGUUCCUGAAUUGGAAUCGGAGGUGGAAGCUUUGAUAAGAGAAGCAUCAGCUCUCCUAGGGCCUGACAGCAUGUCUCCACAACCUUCUACCUCGGCUGCAUCAGCACCAUCCAGUCCCUUGAAGGAUAUUGAAAGACCUAUACCCUUGAGUGAAAAGAUAGAGUUACAUGUAGAGAAGAACCAUACAACUUGCAUAGGAGAGGAAGGCGAGGAAGAGGUAUAUGUUGAUGCCAUUGACCCAUCCCAACUGCAUUCAUUAUCCUCUAAUGCAGUAGAUCCUACCCAGCUCGAUAUCUUGAUGCCUCUCCCUGAUGUUCAGGCAGAGAGAGAGCGACGCUCUCGUUCUCGCACUCCCAUGGAUCGCUCUGAGAGAUCCUGCACACCAUCACCUGUAGUAGCGCAGACUGAAGCUCUUCUCUCCGAGACAGACCGACUCCUCAAAAGGUCUCGGUCCAACAAGUCCCUCAGAAGGUCUUAUAGCCGUUCUCUGUCAGCAGCAGCACUGCAUAAACUGUCAGAGGUAGCAGCAGACCUCUCAGAAGAGCAUACCACAGCACACUUAGCAGGAGAGAGGCUGGAAGCUGAACAGGCAGAGAGAAUGAAGCUAGAAAAGGAAUUAGACAGGCUGCAGACGGAUGUUAGGCGCAUGACAACAGAGAAUGGUAAACUCGAGAUGGAGAAACUAGCACUCCGCACAGAAGUUCUCUCUGCAGCGGAUCUCAACGGAGAUGCAGAUGAUGAUGAUUACGGUGAAGAGGCCUCUCUGUAUAAGAGGAAGUAUGAGUGGUGCCUUCGAGAGAUUGAGGUCCUGAAGAAGCAGUUGAAGCAACAGCAGGAGGAUGAUUAUGAUCAGCUUGUCCUAAUGAAGAAACAGCUGGAGAAGAAGGUGGCAGAUGCAUAUGAGGAAACAGACGAACAACGACAAGUGGUGGCACAGAUGAAGCGGAAGUGCCAACGACUCCAAGCAGAAAUGAAUGACCUGAAGAUACUGCUGGAGGAACAGACAUCGCGUAAUAAUCUCCUGGAAAAGAAACAGAGAAAGUUUGACCAAGAGAUGAUGGCCGUUCAGGAGGAGCUACGAGGGGAAAGAUCCAAUAAGGAGAAGAUCCAGAGGGAAAGAGACCAGAUCCUCUCCCAAAAGUAUUCGUUCGAGCAAGAAGUAUCGACCCUAAAGCUGGAGUUGGAGCUGAAGGAAGAGAAAGUUGCAUCCCUCAACAGGGAGAUUGAGGACCUGAACUUCACAGGGAAGACUGAGGAGGAGAUUGCAACAUUGAAGAAGGCCAAGCAUGACCUGGAGAUGCGCAUCAAAGAUCAGGAGGAGGAGCUAGAUGACUUAGCAGGGCAGGUGCAAAUGCUAGAGGGCGCAAAGGUGCGAUUAGAAAUGAGCAUAGAGCAAAUGAGGAAGGAGAAUCGCCGUGAGAUGGCCCAGAGAGAAGAAGAACUUGAGGAAGUCAGAAUAGCUGCUCAAAAGAAAGUAAAAGCAUUGGAAGCACAGCUAGAGAACGAACACGAAGAGAGAACUUUGUUGGUGCGUGAGAAACAUGAACUGGAAAGGCGCAUAGCUGACUUACAAGACCGCACCAUCACCCAUGUUGAUGAAGACUAUGUGCACAAGCUUAAGAAGGAACUGAAGAAGACUAAGGUCUUGUUACGUGAUACACAGACUAUGCUUGAGAAGGCACAGUCUGAGGGCAGUCACAAGGUUCUCGUUAGACAACUGAAAACACAGUUGGAAGAUGCAGAAUUUGCCAAGACCGCAGCUAUCAAGGCUCGUCAGUCGGCUGAGUCAGAUCUCUCAGAAAUCAACUCCCAACUGGAAGAAGCCUUGAGAUACAAGAAUGAAUCAGAAGAUAAGUGUGCCAGAAUGUGCAAAGAGAAGGCUGAGUUGCAAACACAGCUGGAAGAGAGUGAAGAAGAGGUGGCUGAGGUAAUGAAGAAGUAUAAGGCUGUUGUAUCUCAGCUGUCUGUAGACCAGAUCACGCUCUCAGAACAGUCACAGCAAAUUGCAGAACUAGAACACAGUAAACAGGUUCUUCAGGAGAGAAUGCUGGAAUUAACCAGCAAAGUAGAGGUGCUAGAAGGAGAGACAGCAAACAUCCACACUCAGCGCCGGCUCGAGAUGAAGAUCAAGGAGGUUGAGUCAAAACUAGAACUUGAGCAGACUACCAGGCAGAGAUUAGAGAGUCAAAUAGGGCGGUUGAAGGACCAGAUUGAACGACUGUCGAGUGAAUGUGAUGCAGCGCGGCUCAAGGAGAGUCAGGCUCAGGACCAGAGUAAGAGACUUGGAAGGCAGUUACGUGAGGCCAAGGAGGAUCUUUCAACUUUGCAGCAGAGACACACUGAUGCUGUCAACAAGAAGAAUGAGUUGGAGAAGCAGUUAGAACUUUCAGACUCAGAAGUCAUUACCCUUAAGAGUGACCUGAAGUUGGCAUUCAAAAGGAUUGAGGACCUCCAACAGGCCAUCCAGGGUGACAUUUCUGACUCCGACUCCGACCUAUCCGACAGUGACAGCGACAGCGACGGCAGCUUGAGUUCUUAUCUGACUGCGUCCUUGAGGCAACAGAGGUCCUCCUCCAAUUCUACGCUUCGCACUCCUCCUUCAGAAGUGCAGCAGCUUGACAGACUGGAGCUCCCAAAUUCACCAUGUAGUGAAGCAAUGUCAGCCAUCAGUGAAGACCUUGAGGAUGCCUCAAAUAAGGAGUCCUUCGCGUGAUAGCUUGUACUUAGACCAUAAUAUAUAAUAAAGAUUUUUAUAAUGUGCAGAGAGUAAAUGGAGUAAAAUUAAUGCUGUAAUACUGCUUCAUUGUGAGGAAUUGUGACUGUUUGUGAUGAUCCAGUAAAUGCUUGGUGAUGAUAUAAACUGGAGACUUGACCGAGCUUUAAAUAGGUUUUUGUGUAUAUAUGUACAGAAAAUAAACAUGCUUGGUGAGAAAGUCUUCUCCAUCUCUAUCUCUUUAUCUCUCUCUGAAUGGUGCUUAUCAUGUGAAACAUAGUCUUUAAAGUGAGUCAUGUUAGAAGUUCUGUCUUUUCAUCUUUAAACACUUUUAACAGUGACAUUCCCGAUGUGUUCUGUUGACUUUCCAAUGUGCCACUUUAAAAAAGCCCUCUAAAUUAUUUACAUGAUGACUUACAGGAUAGGACUUGAAAUCUUAUGUUCCUGAAAGUAUAUGUAUGCUUAGAUUACAUAUGCUUUAUGGCAUGUACCCUUCACAUUGUUGUAUUUUAUUAUUCUCAUUUUUUGGUCCACAUUUUUUUUAUAUAAAUACUAUAAAGAAACAUCCUGUCCUGAAUCAUCUGUUCCAUGAAAUUCUCUUGUUUAUCAUGUGGUACAGUUCUGCAGUUCCCCUUUCUUCUUUUCUUUUGUCUUCUUUUUUUUUUCAAUGUCACCUUAUCCUUGGAUCCAUUUCAUUGUGAUGUUAGGAAUAUAAGGAAUUGUUUGAGGCUUAUAUUACUUUUUUAUUCAAAUAUUAAAAACUGUAAUGUUCAUGAUAAAAAAUUGACCAACAGCAAUAGGGGAUGCUUUGUAUAUGAUGUUUUUAUUUCAUCAUAGAAGAUGCACAUCUCUUGUUGGGUACAUUGUAGGUGACUAGCUUGUGAAUUAUCCCCAGAAAAUAUCAAAUAACAAUAUUAUAAUUUCUAUUUAGGAAAUACUUGACCAGUCCUUCCAAGGAGAAAGGUGCAAAUUGUCAUCAAUAAACUGACAAUAGCAAUUAUAAGAAUUUAUAGGCUUCCAAUAGCACGAACUUACUUACUGUUGUGACUACCUCCUAUGUAGAGGCUGAGGUCCUUGCUCAUCAGCAUGUUCAUGGACCACAGUCUUAAUCAUCUUUGUUUCUCAGUGGCAGUCUUCUUCUCUGUGGAAAUGCGCAUUCGAAAAAUUGAAGGUUCUUGUGGAGAAUUUUUUACGUCUGGUUGGAUUUAAACCGAUUUGGCCCUGCAGCAAGACCGUCUCACACCCCAAGCCACUGGGGACGCCCCACUGCCCGCUUCCCAGCUCUUCCGUGUCAGAAGAGUGGAGACAGCCCAGCACUUUUGCUUCCUGCUCAUUACAAGGACUGACCAGAGAUGUUGAACUUCAAAUUUUAAGAAUAGUUACUGGAAUUUUUUCUUAUUAUUUUUUUCACUCAUUUUAACCUGGUAGAAGUAAGAUAUAAAAGGGCAAAUUUGCGUAAGGUACGAUUAAUUUUCUAAAGCAAAAGAUUGAGGUAAUGAGUUACUUCAUUGUCCAGCAUUAGAUGCACCUGUUAAUCACAUUUUCCGUGUAUUUGAGACAUUUUUCAAAUAAUUUACUAGAUCAGUGCUGGUGAGUUAUGAUUAACAUUGCAAUAUUGUGUAUUAAUCAUGACUAAAGCAACCUGAGCUGUGUUGUAAGAAGAUUUAGAUUUAUAGAUAUUUUGUCCCCCUUUAGUUUACUAAGUCAUCGAGAAAUUAUGGUUCAUACUAAACCAUUUAGUAUCACCAUCUCCGGAGUGGUUGAAGGAACUGUAUUAUUGUAUCAUAACUCUUAUAUCAUCUUAUUAUUUAUUAUUUAUAUAAUUCUGCUGUGUAGAUUCUGUAGCUCCCUCCACCUUCUAUUGAAGCUCAUCUAAGACAUUCAUUACUGAAGCAUAAUCUUAUGGAUCCUAGAUGAUUUGUAAUGAUUUGUACUGAAUUUACAUUAUCUGUACAGUUUAAAAUAAGACUAACAGCAGUA